AUGCCUGCUCUCAAGCCACUCCCUGACUGCGAAGGGCCAAAGCUGGAGCCUUGCCCCUUCGAUGUUGUCGGUCCUGACUGCCAAUGGCUCGCGGUUAUCGAGGAUGGCCACCAUAGUGCUGUGGUAAAAGCAGCUAUAAAGGGCAAGCUGUACGCUAUCAAGAUCUUUUUCCCCGAAUCCCUCAAGAUCGUGCUCGGAACUGAAGAGAUAGACCACUUUAAACCCUUGGUGGGAGAGAAAGCCAUGAUCCUGCAUCUGGCCCCGUUCAAUGCAGAGUGUCGCGCCUUUGGCCGUCUCAAGGAGAUGGACUGCGAGCACGCCGCAGUCAGGGUAUACGGCUACGUCAACAUCGACAUGACCGAGGCGGUCGAACAGAAGAUCCGGGGCGCGAUGCCGGGCCGCUUCGACGAUCCGAGAUCGAUGUACGCCAUCGAAGGCGUCGACCUCGUGCUCUGUAGGGUCGGGAACACGGGCCCGCCUAUCAUGGCCAUCGUGAAGGACUGGAUCGAGGCAGCCCCGGAUUUUCGGACAGACAUGAUCGCCCAGGGCAGGUCGUUCCGGCGGAUCCUGAAGAACCUCCACAAACUCCACAGAUGUGGCAUCGUCGUCCGCGACAUAUCAGACGCCCAAUUCGUCAACGGGGUGCUCGUCGAUCUCAGCCACGCUCGGACGACGCCGCACGUCUUCGGCCCGGACUCGGGUAUCCGGCCGGCCUGGGAGUGGGCGAGCAUGGCGGCCUACGAUCUGUACAGUCUCCAGGAGAUGAUCGACUGGUGGAACGAAACGGAGUGGUCCUGGAUACCCGGCGACGCACCGGCGCCGAAGAAGUGCACGCUUCGCGCAUACGGCGACCCCGAGGGGGUGGUGCUCGACCGCCUCCGGCCGCGGGCCCGGCUGGAAUGCCAGCGACCGUAUCUGAGGAUGAUAGACCUACAUGACUAUGAGUAUCUCCAAAUGACCCAUCCGCCGCGUUACGACCCGGCUGCAUUUGACUGGAGGAAGGCGGUCGAGAGGAAGAAGAAACGCGGCGCGCAGGCCAAGCCAUCGCCAUCGUCUACAGGGCGUGUUCAGUCGCGGGUGAGGCUGGGCCGGAAGCGAGGUCAUGCAUCGACGGGAAGGACGAGGAAGGCAGCGGCUGUCAAGCAGGAAAAUGGCGUGAGAGUGGAGGAGGAAUGA